AUAAUUAGGUGGUUUAUAUGCAAUUCUAAAUAGUAGAUACAAUUGAGGGUUUGAAGCCCUCUACUUUAUGAAUCAUCAUCCUCACUCUUGUCUUGCUUGAGCUUUCUCUCAAAUGGUUACAGCAAACAUCCAAACCAAACUACUUGUUACAAUCAUACUCUUCACUUACUCUGUCGCCGAUGAAGCAUACCCAUCUCCCUUUAUAUCCGCAAUCACACCCUGCGAACUAAACCAGGGUAUCAGUCUUUCUCCUAUUCGCAAAGAAGUGUAUGAUGAGGGUCAUAUCUUUGACAUAAGUCACCGGUACCAUCCCGAUUUGCCGUCAUGGGGAUCGGACGAGGGUAUUGGACAGUUUCUCCAGCUCCCGGCCAGUAUGAAGAACGGCUCACUUGCUAAUAAUUCCGAGAUGAAGAUGCCCACACACACUGGGACCCACGUGGAUGCUCCGGGACACGUGUAUGAUCAUUAUUUUGAUGCGGGGUUUGAUGUUGACACGCUUGAUCUUCGUGUUCUUAACGGCCCAGCAUUAGUAGUUGAUGUUCCAAGAGAUAAGAACAUAACAGCCGAAGUUAUGAAGUCGUUGAACAUUCCCAAGGGGGUAAAGCGUGUGCUUUUCAGAACACUGAACACUGAUAGGCGGCUAAUGUGGCAAAAGGCAUUUGACACAAGCUAUGUUGGAUUUAUGAAGGACGGAGCCCAGUGGCUGAAGGACAACACUGACAUCAAACUCGUUGGUAUUGAUUACUUAUCAGUUGCUGCGUAUGAUCAUCUUAUCCCGUCUCAUCUUGUCUUUUUAGAGAACAGGGAUAUCAUUCUUGUAGAAGGUUUGAAACUUGACGAUAUAGAAGCAGGGAUAUAUAAUGUGCAUUGCUUACCGUUAAGGUUACUUGGAGCCGAGGGAUCUCCCAUAAGAUGCAUCCUCAUCAAGUGAUAUUGUGUGAUUCAUAAAUAGACUUUAUGUUCUUUUAGCCUUUUUUUUUUCGUUUGUGUUUGUUACUUCUCGUUAGUUUGUAAAUUAAGCAUUGGUAUUGCAAACAUACUGAAAUGGAUGUGAUGGUUUGAUAGUAAGAGUAGUUAUAGGUAAGUUAUGUUAAUCACAAAAUGUCACAUCAUAUUUGGUC